AGGGCAGCAUAUGGAGGUCAGAGAUGCUGUAACACUUAAUCAGAGGCUGGAAACUACACUGAUCAUUUAAUAUCAAUACUUGACAUCUCUUGACAGUGAUAUCUACGAGGGACAGAUUUAAAAUAGAACCUGAUCGAUAAAGAAAAUCGCUCGGUGUAUCUAGCUGGUCAUUUUCACACGGGUCAGAGCGGAAGUAGUCAGAUCAUCGAGUCGGUUUCUCCAGUAUAAUCUGUAAAAAAAAAAAAAAAGGAAAGAAAGAAAGAAAAGAAAAAGAAAUGGAUAAUAAUACACCUGGAUCAGGUCUUAGAGGGGGACUCGGGAGUCUUUUCGGUGGAGGAGCUCCUGAAUAUUCAAAUUCUGAGCUCUCAGGAGUACCAUUGACUGGUAUGAGCCCUCUCUCACCCUACCUCAACGUUGACCCUCGUUACCUUGUGCAGGACACGGAAGAGUUCAUUCUACCAACUGGCGCGAAUAAAACCCGUGGCCGCUUUGAGCUGGCCUUCUUCACAAUCGGGGGAUGCUGUAUAACAGGCGCUGCUUUUGGCACACUUAAUGGGCUCCGUAUGGGCCUGAAGGAAACUAGAGACAUGGCAUGGUCAAAACCCAGAAAUGUACAGAUUUUGAACAUGGUCACACGACAAGGGGCCUCAUGGGCCAAUACACUAGGAUCUGUGGCUCUGUUAUAUAGUGUGUUUGGUGUGGCCAUUGAGAAGGCCAGAGGCGCGGAGGAUGACCUCAACACAGUGGCUGCUGGAACGUUAACAGGGAUGCUUUUCAAAUCCACAGCUGGAUUCAAAGGAGCUGCCAGAGGAGGACUCGUCGGUUUAGCAAUGUCAGGGCUGUAUGCUCUUUACAACAACUGGGAUCACCUGAAGGGGACGUCGCCUUCACAUUACUGAGGAUGACUGAGAGCUCAAACUAUGGACUUAUUUUGACUCAAUCCUUAUUUUGACUCAAUUGAGCCAAUCCUCACCUAUUUCCAUUUAAACUCUUGGAGAAUAACCGUGUUCCUCCUUAGGGAACCGUUUGGACAACAACAUUUGUACAAGCUUCUUCAGAAGUAUUUUAGGUGUAAUAUUUAAAUGGCAGAACCAGACUGCCUCCAGAUGUGUGGAAUGUACAGCUGUGAAUUUGCUGAUAAUGAGAACUAGUCAGUCAGUGUUUAUAUUAUCAUAAUGAUCUGUUGUCAUGUACGUACUGUACAUAUCUUGAUCGGAAUCAGUUGCAGAUGGAUCUUAUCUAAGAUGACUGAGGAAUUCUGAGUCCUUUAAUCAGUUUUGUCUGUUCUCAGUAUGGACUGAUAAUAUAAAUUGAUUUUUUUCAGUGCUGGCUAGUUUGAAAUGUGUUCAUUUAUUAUCCCUAAACUGGCCACAUCAGCUCUGCACCUACCUAAAAUAAAAUGCAAAGUUCAAGUG